AUGCGGGAAGUUCCAAGGCCAGAGGAGUCGGAGCUAGGCUGCCAGGCGCCAUGCGCCGGGUCCUGCCACGCGCAGCGCGUCCUGCAAACUCUCAACGCAUUCCGGCGGAGCGGCACCCUCACCGACGUGGUGCUGCGCGCCGGCGGCCGAGGGGGCGCGCCCGCGCGCGGCCGCGACUUUCCGUGCCACCGCGCGGCGCUCAGCGCGGGCAGCGCCUACUUCCGAGGCCUGUUCGCAGCGGGGCGGCCAGAGCGCGGCCUGGCAGUGGUGCCCGUUAUGCUAGAGGCAGUCGAGGCGCCGGGCGCGGAGCCGUGCCGUCCGCUGCUGCUCGAGGCCCGCGCCUGCUUCAUCCUGGGCCGCGAGGCCGGCGCGCUGCGGGCCCGGCCGCGGAGAUUCAUGGACCAAGCUGAAGUGAUCGUGGUCAUCGGCGGUUGCGAUCGCAAGGGUCUCCUGAAGCUGCCCUUCGCCGACGCCUACCAUCCAGAGAGCCGGCGCUGGACCCCACUGCCCAGCCUGCCGGGCUACAUGCGCUCAGAGUUCGCCGCUUGCGCCCUCCGCAAUGACAUCUAUGUCUCUGGCGGCCACAUCAACAGCCGUGAUGUGUGGCUCUUUAGCUCCCAUCUGCACACCUGGAUCAAGGUGGCCUCGCUGCACACGGGCAGGUGGAGGCACAAGAUGGCCGUCAUGCAGGGGCAGCUGUUCGCGGUGGGCGGCUUUGACGGCCGGCAACGCCUGCGCAGUGUGGAGCGCUACGACCCCUUCUCCAACACCUGGACGGCCGCGGCACCCCUCCUGGAGGCGGUGAGCUCAGCGGCCAUAGCGCCCUGUGCGGGCAGGCUCUAUGUGAUCGGGGGUGCCAGGCAGGACGGAGUCAACACAGACAAGGUGCAGUGCUUUGACCCCCAGGAAGACCAGUGGAGCCUGCAGUCGCCAGCACCCUUCUCACAGCGGUGUCUCGAGGCUGUCUCCAUCGAGGACACCAUCUAUGUGGUGGGGGGCCUCAUGAGCAAAAUCUUCACCUACCACCCUGGCACCAAUGUCUGGGGGGAGGCUGCUGUCCUGCCCAGCCCCGUGGAGAGCUGCGGAGUGACUGUAUGUGAUGGAAAGGUCUACGUCCUGGGCGGGCGGGAUGACAGCGGGGAAAGCACCGACAGGGUUCUCACAUUUGAUCCCAGCUGUGGGCACGUGGAAGUCCAGCCAGCCCUGCAGCGCUGCACCAGCUCCCACGGCUGCGUCACCAUUGUCCAGAGCCUAGGCAGCUGACUCGGACUUGGAGGGUCUGAACCAGGAGACAAAGACUGGAGAGAGCUCACCCUUCACUUGUUGUCAGCAUCUUUAUUUUAUAAAGUAAUCAACACAUGAUAACUGGACAUAUUUACAGAGUACA